AGAUCGGUGAUAAUGAUGCCGCGCGCCGAGUUUACAGCCUCAUUAUCGCCGGCCUGGCACCUUUCAAACGUAAAUACUCAUUAGCCGAGGUCGUUUCCAUCACAGUUUUAUACUGAAACGAGGACGACUAACGUUAUAUUAACUCCACAAAAACUACGCAAGAAUUCAAGAUGACUACUCCAAAUAUGUGCAAGAGAUGUGACGACAAUGUUUCCAUGAAGCAGGAGGGACUCAUCUGUGACGACUGUCGAAAUUGGUUUCAUCGCAAAUGUUUUAAUAAUUCAGAUGUGGCAAUGACAAGGGAACAUUACAGGCUAUUAAAAAAACAGGACGUAACGUUUGAGUGGAAGUGCCUGAACUGCUAUCAGGCCCAGGACACCCAUCAUGACUCCAACCCGAUUGUUGUAUCCCAGCAGAUGGAACCUAGUCGCCGGCUGGUAGACUACUCUGAUUCCGAAUGCUCGGAAAUCAGCCCAAUACCCAGGGACGACGUCGCAUUCGCAUUUCCAGAUAUUCCGUCCGUGGUUAAUGAAUCGUCUAUCGAGGCAACCAAUCCGAGAGAAUUGUUGAGCCAAAGAAUCGAAGAAGCGUUUUUCACCAUCGAGGACGCCUUAAGCUUAAGCCAAAGAGGUAAAGCGAAGCUUCACGAGAGGGGUGGCUAUUCAUACACCCUUUAUCGCACCAACGCGAAUGGAACCGUUGCCUGGAGAUGCUCCGUGAGGCGGAAAGGGAACGUCUGCCCGGCAAAGGUCCAGCAAAAGGACGACGAAUUCAUCAGAAAUAAAGCGCCCCAUUCACAUGGCCCUGUGGUCGGCGAGCGACAGCACGGACAACUGAAAAAAUUGGUGGGGAAACGGGGGUUAGAAAAUCCCUACACCACUUGUGGGAUUGUGGCAAAAAUGGCACGCAAAGAGAUCGCAGGUGGUAGAUUACAGAUUGGCGCAGUAAAGGGGGAAUCACUGAAGAGGCUUUGCAACGGAAGCGACAAAACAACAGACCGUCAGACCCAGAUACAAUCGAGGAGCCACUGCAACAACAACACAUACCAAAGGAUUUUUUAGUUGACGACGCUAUAGUAAACGGUGCACGUCACAUAAUCUUCUCAACAAGAAAACAACUUUCACUCCUGUCGAAGUCAAAAAGCUGGUAUAUGGAUGGGACGUUCGACGUGGUUAAAGACCCAUUUUAUCAACUUUUUUCUAUCCAUGCAUUCAUCAGGAGCGGCGAAUGCUCGAAACAAAUUCCGUUGGUUUUUGUCCUUAUGUCCCGGCGCAGGAAAAUGGACUACGUCCACAUCUUCAAUGUAAUUAACAACCUACUCACCCUUUCGUUUUCCGGUGCACGUGUGAAGAGAUUCGUACUGGACUUCGAAGCCGCAACGUGGCAAGCACUUUCUUCAGUAUGGCCGGACGUCGAAAAGCAGGGAUGCUCUUUUCACUUCACUCAGGCCAUCAUGAAGAAUGUGCGCCACAAUAAUUUGGCUCGCUUAUACAACAAGGACGCUGGGACAAGAGACCUGAUAAAGCAUGUCAUGGCGCUGUGCUAUAUACCUGCUAUGUUUAUCACGUCCAGGUUCAAAUCACUGAAAGAAAAGAUGCAUACUCAAGAUCUCAAGAACUUCGCCGAAUAUUUUCAAAACACAUGGUUAUACAACAGUGUCUGGACUCCCAAGGAUUGGUCAGUAUUCGACGUAGAAAUAAGAACCAAUAAUCAUCUGGAAGGUUGG